CUUCUACUCUGGGCCAUUUAACUAAUUUGGAAUAUUUGUUCCUUAGUAACAAUCGAAUCGAUGGUUCCAUUCCCUUAGAAAUAGGCAAUAUGGAGAAUUUGGUUCACUUGCACCUCGAGAAUAACAGCCUUAAUGGUUCUGUCCCAGGAGAAAUAGGGAAUUUGAAGAAGAUGGUCCAUCUGAUUCUCGAAUCUAACAAUUUCAGUGGUUCAAUUCCUACUCGGCUAACCAGUUGCUCUUCGUUGGAGCACUUGAUAUUGAGCAACAACUCCUUAAGUGGAAGCAUUCCCUACCAGAUCCGAGACCUUUUUUUGUUGUCUACUAUAAACCUUAGUCAUAACUUUAUUAGUGGGCAAAUACCUUUUGAAGUUGGUGGUUUAGCAUUUUUAGCGGUCUUGGAUCUUAGCUAUAAUAAUCUUUCUGGCAAAGUACCCCUUCCUUUCACUUCUGUAGCACAUAUCAACUUAUCAUACAAUUCUUUGGAGGGUCAAAUACCAAACGGUUAUCAAAAUCAUACAUCUGACUCAUUAAUUGGCAACAAGGACUUAUGUGGUGACUUCGUGGGUUUUCCUCCUUGCCCUCCACAUUUCCCUCCUUCCCUUCCACUUUCCGCCCCAGCCAGUAACAAAACAAUUGUACCCAAAGUAAAAAUCGUUGCACCCAUCAGCAUUUUCCUUGGAUUCUUAGUCCUUGGGGGUUUUUGUUUAUUCCUGUCUCAACGCAUGGUCAACAAAACCCAAUCUAUGUCAACACAGAGAAAGAAUGGGAAUUUGUUCUCGAUAUGGAAUUAUGAUGGAAAUAUUGCAUAUGAAGAUAUCAUUCAAGCAACCGAGGAUUUUGACAUAAAAUACUGUAUUGGGACAGGUGGUUAUGGUAGUGUUUACAAAGCAGAACUACCUAGUGGCAAAAUAGUUGCCUUGAAAAAACUUCAUCGCUUAGAAGCUGAGAAUCCAACUUUUGAUAAGAGUUUCAAGAACGAGAUAAAGGUGUUAACAGAGAUCAGGCAUCGAAACAUUAUAAAGCUUUAUGGAUUUUGUUUACAUAAGCGAUGUAUGUUUUUGGUUUAUGAGUACAAGGAAAGGGGAAGUCUGUUUUGUGUCCUAAACAAUGACAUUGAAGCUGUGGAAUUAGAUUGGAGCAAGAGGGUAAACAUCAUCAAAGGCACAGCACACGCCUUAUCUUACAUGCAUCAUGAUUGCAUCCCUACAAUUGUUCAUCGAGAUAUAUCAAGCAACAAUAUUCUAUUGAACAAUAAACUAGAGGCUUUUGUCUCUGACUUUGGCACAGCUAAACUUCUUGAUCCGGAUUCCUCCAAUCAAACAUUAGUUGUAGGCACUUAUGGUUAUAUUGCCCCAGAGUUGGCUUAUACCAUGAAAGUUACUGAAAAAUGCGAUGUUUAUAGCUUUGGAGUAGUGGCAUUGGAAAUAUUAAUGGGAAUGCAUCCAACAGAACUCCUGACUUCAUUAUCAUCAUCGUCUUUGCAAAACGUGAUGUUACAUGAAAUAUUAGACCAACGUCUGCCACCUCCAACUCAUCUAGUUGCACAAGAAAUUUUUCUUAUCGCUACAAUAGCAUUUGCAUGUCUACAUACCAAACCAAAGUCUCGGCCUAUAAUGAAAUGUGUGUCUCAAGAAUUUCUUUCUAAGAAGAAGCCAAUAGCCAAGCCUUUACAUGCAUUUUCAUUGUGGCAACUAAGAAACCAGGAAAUGUAUAUGGUUGAGUCUGGAGAUGAAACUCAGUUAUGAAAUGCUUUUUGUUAGGUUGAAUCUCAUAUUGGUUGAUGAGCUUGUAUGAAUAAAAAAUGUCAUG